CUUCUAUGCUUCCGUGUGGAAUCCGACCAAAGUCGAUAAAGAAGCUAUGACGAUGGACGAUGGUAACUCCGUCUACGUCGGCGGCCUCCCUUACGACAUCACCGAGGAAGCUGUCCGCCGUGUCUUCUCCAUUUACGGCUCUGUGCUCACCGUUAAGAUUGUGAAUGACCGGAGUGUAAGAGGGAAAUGCUAUGGCUUUGUUACAUUUUCAAAUCGUCGAUCGGUUCAUGAUGCUAUCGACGACAUGGAUGGAAAAAAUAUUGGUGGGCGUGCAGUGCGUGUGAAUGAGGUGACGACAAGAGGUGGAAGAAUGAAUCCAGGUCCAGCGCGGGUACGACCACACGGUGGAUGGGAUAGAAGCCCUGAUAGGAGAAGUGAUGGAAAUUAUGACAGGGAUCGGUAUAGUGAUAGGUCCCGAGAACGGGAUAGGUCUCAGGACAGAAGGAAAGAUCAACACUACAUAGAGAAGGAAAGAGCUUACGAGCGUUCACUUGAUUUUGAGAGGAGAAAUGAUCAUGAUGUGCUUGAUAGAAAUGGUUACAAGGAAAGAGUUUUUGAAGGUGAUGGAGGAGAUUGGCGUGGGGAUCGCUCUUUUGGGGAUAAUGGUAGGGGAAUCAAAAUCAAUGGGACAAGUACUCAUGAAGGUAGGAGCCAAGAAACAAAGAGAGAUGAUAGUACCAUGCUUGAUGGUGGGUGUGGAAGAGAUCAGUUCUCUAAUUCAAGUGGAGAUCAAAGUUUUCAGGUGAAAGGAGAACUGGAUUCGCUGAUUAAGAUACGUGAGGCACUUCAAGAUGAGGUGCUGGUGGUGGAGGAGAGAUUGGAAGAAAAAGAGAUAGUGAUCUCAGAGUUACAAAAAAAUUCUAAGAGGUUAGAAGAUUUGUUGAUCAAUGAAAAGAAACUGGUUUCACAACGCCGAAAAGAAUUGGCAAAGCUACAUAAGUCAUUUUCAAGGGUUAGAGAGUGCACAGAUAACCUUAAAGACUGUGAACAGGAACUCCAGUCGCUUGUUAAUGCAGCAGCUAGAGAUGGCGUGGCAGGUGCUGAUGAAGGACUGGGAAACGUGUAUGCGUAACACGGUCACCCGCAUGUAUGAUCUGCUCUGUCUGAAGUGUAGUUUUGUCUUAUCUCUGUGUGACUUUCCAAGUUUUUUUCCCCCGAGCCGAGCUACCCUGAUUUGGUACAUUUUUGCAUUUGUUUUAGCAAAUAUGUAUGCAUUUCAUUCAGAUUGUAUCAUUAUCAUACGAACAUCGACAAAAUAAUUAUGUUUUCACGUCCUACUUAAACUAACCAGUCACCAAGUUCACUGGAUAGUUCAACAAAACAAUCACACUAUACUUAUACA